AUGGAAUGCUUAGAAUCCAUAGAUUCAACGGCCAAUGCCUACAAACUCCUUUUCAAAGCUAUCAAAGAGAUACCCACAUCACAUUAUGUGUUUGGUUUGUUUCUUUUCCUCAUUGUUUUCUUGUACAACUUCUUGGAGUUCCACUUUUUCGAAGAUUUUGUUUCUGGCUUUCGUGAAAGUCCCGUGUCAUUGACCUAUAAUCCGUGCUCGGAAAUCUACGAAGGUGUUGCCAAGAAGUGUCAAAUUCUUCAUGGAAGAAAUGAAACUCACAUGGGUUUAGAUGAGAGAUUGGGUCAGCGGAUUGAGUCGGAUUCGGCCAAAAACCCAGCGGUUUGGGUCUGGUUAGUUUUUGAAAAAAGGCACCAAACGACACCGUUUGAGAAAACAGCAGCUCCUGCUGCUCGUAAUGAACAGCAGAGGAGCCGAAUUCCUAGUUCCUGCCAUUACCAUCACCAAUCAUUGACGACAGAAAUGCUUAGCCCUCGUCAGUGGUCUCUAUCCACCGCCAUACUUACUACUUUACGCUAA